GGACUGCUGAAUUGGGAAUUAUUGCAGACCAACAGUACAGCGCUGCUUGCUGCUUCAUUUAUUACCAGUUAUUUAAAUUGGACUUUUAAUAUCCUGCCAGCUGCUCUUCACACACACAUGGUGCAUUGUUGCCAUUCUCAGAAUUGCAUCUUUGAAAUCCAGACCCUCAGUAACCUUCAUCGAACAAAGAGGCGACCUCCUGCGUACUCUUGUAGAGGGAUUUUUUGAACCUGCUGCCCUCUAGCUUUCUUGCUGGUGCUGUAUUUCUAAGACACUAUGGAGCCCAGUAUGGAAUAUUGCUUAGCGCAGGUGCUGCAGAAAGAUGUCGGAAAGAGACUUCAGGUUGGCCAGGAAUUGAUAGAUUACUUCUCGGAUAAACAGAAAUCAACUGAUCUUGAACAUGAUCAGACUAUGCUGGAUAAAAUGGUUGAUGGACUGGCCACUUCCUGGGUAAACUCCAGCAACUAUAAGGUGGUUCUCCUGGGCAUGGACAUCAUCUCCGCGCUGGUGUCGCGCUUGCAGGAUCGCUUCAAGGCGCAGAUCGGCACAGUGCUGCCAAGCUUACUCGACCGCCUGGGAGACUCCAAGGAUUUGGUGCGGGAGCAGGAUCAGACCUUGCUGCUGAAAAUUAUGGAACAGGCUGCUAAUCCUCAGUACGUGUGGGAUAGGAUGCUAGGAGGAUUCAAACACAAGAAUUUCCGGACAAGAGAAGGGAUUUGCCUCUGCCUUAUUGCAACGCUCAAUGCAUCUGGAGCUCAGAGUUUAACACUGAGCAAGAUAGUGCCACAUAUAUGUAAUUUACUUGGCGAUCCAAACAGCCAGGUUCGAGAUGCAGCAAUCAACAGCCUCGUGGAGAUCUACAGGCACGUGGGCGAGCGCGUGAGGGCUGAUCUCAGCAAAAAAGGACUACCCCAGUCUCGGCUGAAUGUAAUUUUUACAAAAUUUGACGAGGUCCAAAAAUCUGGAAACAUGAUCCAGAGCUCGAGUGAUAAAAAUUUCGAUGAUGAAGACUCCGUGGAUGGGAACAGACCUUCCUCAGCCAGCUCCUCUACAUCCUCAAAGGCCCCUUCAAAUUCCCGCAGAGUUGGCAUGGGGACUGCCCGCAGACUUGGGUCUGCAGCUCUGGGCUCUAAGCCUUCAACAGCCAAAGAGGGAGCAGGUGCUGUGGAUGAGGAAGACUUCAUUAAAGCAUUUGAAGAUGUCCCAACAGUUCAGAUCUAUUCCAGCCGAGAUCUUGAAGAAUCCAUAAACAAAAUAAGAGAGAUAUUGUCAGAUGAUAAGCAUGAUUGGGAACAGAGAGUGUCUGCUCUGAAGAAGAUCCGCUCCUUACUGUUGGCUGGCGCUGCAGAGUAUGACAACUUCUUCCAGCACUUACGACUUUUGGAUGGAGCAUUUAAAUUAUCCGCUAAAGACCUGCGAUCUCAAGUAGUGCGAGAAGCUUGUAUCACGUUGGGACAUUUGUCAUCAGUUUUGGGAAACAAGUUUGACCAUGGGGCAGAAGCCAUCAUGCCAACAAUUUUUAAUCUAAUUCCCAACAGUGCCAAAGUCAUGGCCACUUCUGGUGUUGUAGCAGUUAGAUUAAUUAUUCGACAUACGCAUAUCCCUCGAUUAAUACCCAUCAUAACAAGUAAUUGUACCUCCAAGUCUGUCGCUGUUAGAAGGCGCUGUUUUGAAUUUUUAGACUUGCUGUUACAGGAAUGGCAAACUCACUCCCUAGAAAGACACAUAUCAGUGUUAGCAGAAACAAUAAAGAAGGGAAUCCACGAUGCAGACUCAGAAGCCAGGAUAGAGGCAAGAAAGUGUUACUGGGGUUUUCAUGGUCACUUCAGCCGAGAGGCAGAGCAUUUGUAUCACACCCUGGAAUCAUCCUACCAAAAGGCCCUGCAGUCUCAUUUGAAGAACUCUGACAGCAUCGUGUCCUUGCCACAGUCAGAUCGCUCCUCUUCGAGCUCUCAGGAGAGUCUCAACCGUCCCUUGUCUGCCAAAAGAAGUCCUACUGGAAGCACUGCAUCUAGAGCAUCUACAGUAAGUACAAAAUCGGUGUCAACACCAGGAUCUCUGCAGCGAUCCCGCAGCGACGUUGAUGUGAAUGCAGCAGCUAGUGCCAAGUCAAAAGUGACAUCCGGAACAUCUACCCCCUUCAGUUCUGCUGCAGCCUUGCCCCCAGGCUCGUAUGCAUCACUAGAUGGUACUACCACUAAACCCGAGGGUCGGAUUCGUACAAGGAGACAGAGCUCUGGCAGUGCCACAAGCGUCACCUCAACGCCUGCUGACUCCCGAGGACGUAGCCGGGCUAAAGUAGUUUCACAGUCCCAGCGAUCCAGAUCAGCUAAUCCUGCUGGUGCUGGCAGUCGGUCUAGUUCUCCGGGUAAACUCUUAGGAAGCGCCUAUGGUGGCCUGAGCAGUGGAUCAUCCAGAGUCCAGGCAGUGUCAUCAUCAUCAGAAAAACGCAGCAAGAUCCCUCGGAGCCAGGGAUGCAGUCGGGAGACGAGUCCCAACAGGAUAGGACUAGCACGGAGCAGUCGCAUCCCCCGACCCAGCAUGAGUCAGGGGUGCAGCCGCGAUACCAGCCGUGAGAGCAGUCGAGAUACAAGCCCUGCUCGGGGCUUCCCUCCGCUCGCUUCUCGACGUCAUUCCAGGUCCACUAGUGCUCUCUCCACUGCUGAUUCUGUUGGGCAGUCAGACCGGUUUGGGCUUGGCCAGCCAGGCAGGAUGCCUGCUUCCGUGAACGCCAUGCGAGUCCUGAGCACAAGCACAGAUCUGGAGGCAGCCGUGGCCGAUGCACUGCUGUUAGGAGACUCCAGGAGCAAGAAAAAGCCUGUGAGAAGAAGAUAUGAACCCUAUGGGAUGUACUCGGAUGACGAUGCUAACAGCGAUGCAUCAAGCGCUUGUUCCGAGCGCUCCUAUGGCUCCAGGAACGGGGGCAUUCCACACUACCUGCGGCAGACUGAAGAUGUAGCCGAGGUCUUGAACCACUGUGCCAGCUCCAACUGGUCUGAAAGGAAAGAAGGGCUCAUAGGUCUUCAGAACUUACUGAAGAGCCAGCGGACACUGAGCCGAGUUGAGUUAAAAAGGCUGUGCGAAAUAUUUACUCGGAUGUUUGCCGACCCUCACAGCAAGAGAGUCUUCAGCAUGUUUUUGGAAACGCUGGUUGAUUUCAUCAUCAUUCAUAAAGAUGACUUGCAGGACUGGCUUUUUGUUCUCCUGACCCAAUUGCUAAAGAAAAUGGGAGCAGAUUUGCUGGGAUCUGUUCAGGCAAAAGUUCAGAAAGCUCUGGAUGUCACAAGGGAUUCUUUUCCAUUUGAUCAACAAUUUAACAUUUUGAUGAGAUUUAUUGUAGAUCAGACCCAAACACCAAACCUCAAGGUGAAAGUUGCUAUCCUGAAGUAUAUUGAGUCCCUGGCAAGACAGAUGGAUCCAACAGACUUUGUGAACUCCAGUGAGACAAGACUUGCAGUAUCUAGAAUUAUAACCUGGACAACAGAACCAAAGAGCUCAGAUGUGAGAAAGGCAGCACAAAUAGUCCUGAUUUCUCUCUUUGAACUGAACACUCCCGAGUUUACCAUGUUACUUGGUGCCUUGCCAAAAACAUUCCAGGAUGGUGCUACCAAGCUCCUGCACAACCACCUCAAGAACUCCAGUAACACCAGUGUGGGUUCCCCCAGCAAUACCCUUGGUCGGACUCCAUCCCGGCACUCCAGCAGCAGAACCAGUCCCUUAACUUCACCUACCAACUGUUCCCAUGGAGGACUGUCUCCAAGUCGGUUCUGGGGUUGGAGUGCAGACGGGCUGUCGAAGCACCCCCCUCCCCUUUCUCAGCCUAACUCCAUCCCCACUGCUCCUUCCCACAAGACUUUCAGACGCUCUUACUCUCCCAGUAUGCUGGAUUAUGACACGGAGAACCUAAAUUCUGAUGAAAUCUACAGCUCUCUUCGUGGAGUCACAGAAGCAAUUGAAAAAUUUAGUUUCCGUAGUCAAGAGGACCUGAAUGAACCAAUCAAACGGGAUGGAAAGAAAGACUGUGAUAUUGUGUCUCGAGAUGGAGGCCUCGCGGUGCCGUCCGGCGAUGUCCGUGGCAGCAGUGACGUUGUGGAAGGGGGAAGGAUGGCCCUGGAUAACAAAACCUCCCUUCUUAAUACUCAGCCUCCCCGUGCGUUUUCAGGGCCCCGUGCUCGAGAGUACAACCCUUACCCUUAUUCCGACACGAUUAAUACUUACGACAAGACUGCCCUGAAGGAAGCAGUGUUUGAUGAUGACAUGGAUCAGCUUCGGGAUGAAGUACCCAUUGACCAUUCUGAUUUGGUGGCGGAUCUUCUGAAAGAGCUCUCUAACCACAACGAGCGGGUGGAGGAGCGGAAAGGAGCCCUCCUGGAGCUGCUGAAGAUCACGCGUGAGGAUAAUCUUGGAGUCUGGGAGGAACAUUUCAAAACCAUUCUGCUUUUGUUGCUGGAAACGCUUGGAGACAAAGAUCAUUCAAUAAGAGCCCUGGCACUAAGAGUCCUGAGGGAGAUCUUGCGGAAUCAGCCAGCCAGGUUCAAGAACUAUGCUGAGUUGACCAUCAUGAAAACCCUGGAAGCGCAUAAGGAUUCCCACAAGGAGGUGGUAAGAGCUGCCGAGGAAGCUGCUUCUACUCUGGCCAGUUCCAUCCACCCGGAGCAGUGCAUCAAAGUGCUUUGCCCCAUCAUUCAAACUGCAGAUUACCCAAUUAAUUUAGCUGCCAUCAAAAUGCAGACAAAAGUCAUCGAGAGGAUUUCUAAGGAAUCGUUGCAUCAGCUCCUUCCUGAUAUUAUUCCUGGAUUGUUGCAGGGUUAUGAUAAUACGGAGAGCAGUGUCCGUAAAGCUAGUGUGUUUUGCCUAGUGGCAAUUUAUUCAGUAAUUGGAGAAGAACUGAAACCUCAUCUCGCACAGCUCACGGGAAGCAAGAUGAAGCUACUAAACUUGUACAUAAAGAGGGCCCAGACUACCAAUAGCAACAGCAGUUCCUCUUCAGAUGUUUCAACGCACAGUUAAUGAAGAUAUCUGGACAUGUGUAGACUUAGAAGCAAUCAACGGUGCCUCUCAGAGACCUUUCUGCUACUCUAACUUCACUGGCGCACUCCAUCAGCUUAAGGAGGCCAUGCAGAUAUUUAUUGCAAUCAGUAUUUUAGUCCCUUAAAGCUUUUAUGUAGAAUCUUAUCGGUAUUGAAUGUAAAGGAAGCAAGGUCUGUGUUGCAGUCUUCAUUAAAAAAAGAAAAAAGUGAACAGAAAGCCAUACUUAAACAUAUUUGUAUAGCCUGCUGAAAUCUCUGAAAUAUGUUUAGGUUAGUUUUCCAAAACUGAGUCC